AUGUCCCAAGCUACUAAAUAUCCUGUCAUUGAUUCUGCUUUGAAGAAUGGAGUUGGAGUUGAAAACUAUGCUGCUUCAGUUCUCACACCACGAGCCUACCAGCUGGAAAUGCUGGAGGCAAGUUUGAAAGAAAACAUUAUCAUUGCCAUGGACACUGGAAGUGGCAAGACUCAGAUUGCUAUACUUCGAAUCAGACAUGAGCUGGAAACAUGCACUGAGGACAAGUUUGUUUGGUUUCUUGCUCCCACUGUUGCUCUCGCAGAUCAGCAACAUAAAAUUAUCUCCCAGCAGCUUUCUGUAUAUCAGACGAGACUCCUGCUAGGAUCAGAUAAAGUGCAUUAUUGGUCCACGAAGAAAAUUUGGGACGAUAUACUUUUGAAUAUCAGAAUAGUUGUUUCGACUCCCCAGAUACUCCUUGAUGCUUUAUCUCAUGGGUUUGUUACCAUGUCUCGAAUUUCCCUUCUGGUUUUCGAUGAAGCUCACCAUUGCGACGGAUUUUCCCCGGCAAAUACUAUCAUGCAACGAUUUUAUCAUGAGCAACUGCAAAGAACUGGAACCAAAACUGACCUUCCCCAUAUUUUGGGGUUGACAGCCAGUCCCGUUACCAGGGCCGAUCCAGAAAGCUUGAAGAAGGUCGAGAAAAAUUUGAAUGCUCGAUGUGAGACUCCUAGGAUCCACCGGGAGGAGUUGAUGCGAUAUGUUCAUCGCCCAGAACUCUAUACGGUGAAAUUUAGGACGGAUUCACUAAUCCAUUCGGACAUGCUACAAAACCUCAGUCGAAUCAUUGGUACUGUGGACAUCGAGAAAGACCCGUGGAUCAAACGGCUCAGAAGACAAGAGGACAGAAGAAGCCAAGAAAAGCUGUUGCAUGCUCUAGAGAAACGCAAAACGCAUUGCCUCUCACAACUAUCCAAGCUUUUAAGGCAAGCCAUUAGUGUCCACGAUGACCUGGGGCCAUGGGCUGCAGAUGCUUUCAUUUCUGAAGUCAUAGAACGACUUGAAACCAAACGGGGCAUGUACCAACAGGUUGAAUUUCAUUCUUCCUUGGACAGAGAAGAGGAGGCGUUCAUCUCUGAAGUGCUCUCUGAACUGUCGAUAUCCCCCGUAAAACAGGACUGGGACAGUGAGUCCAAUGUAGUCUCUACCAAAGUGAAUCUUCUCGUAGAACUUUUGGAGAGCGAACACACGGCAGACUUCACUGGAAUCAUAUUUGCCCAACAAAGAGCCACCGUUACAAUGCUUUCACAUCUUAUUUCCAAACAUCCCCGACUCAAGGAUAUCAUUGUUUCUGGUGCCUUUUUGGGUGAUGCUUGCUACGCGAGCCGAACAUCAACGAUUACCGAAGUUCAUGACACGAGGUCCCAAAAGGGCUCCAUCGAUGAUCUACGCUCUGGGAAGAAAAACCUACUCAUCGCAACAUCCGUCCUCGAGGAAGGGAUCGAUGUGUCAGCUUGUCAUCUAGUGGUCUGUUUCGAUGCCAUUAAAAACCUCAGGUCCUUCAUUCAGAGGAGGGGCAGAGCCCGGAAAGAACAUUCGAAAUUCGUCAUGUUUUUGGACAGCGAUAAUAUAUCUGAGGAGAAACAAUGGACUAGAUUGGAGGAUGUGAUGAAGAGCAUUUAUGAAGACGACAUGCGCAGACUUGAAGAUAACAUGGCUAGGGAGAACAUCGUGGAGGAAGGGGAUCAGUAUCUUAGAAUUGAAUCAACAGGGGCACUCUUGACUCUUGAGAAUGCUCGACAACACUUAGAGCAUUUUUGCGCCACGCUACAUUAUGCAUUUACCGACUCUCGGCCUCACUUUAUAUUCCACGAAAGCAAAGAGGACGGAAUGGUCGCUGCAAAAGUUAUCUUACCCAACGUCCUUGAUCCAAAAUUUCGAGUUAUCCACGGCUCGAAACGAUGGAAAACAGAACGGAUGGCGCAGCGCGAUGCCGCAUUCCAGGCGUAUCUUAAACUAUAUAACGAAGGACUUGUCAACGACUACUUACUGCCGGUACAUUGGAAAGGUGAUGAAGACCCAAAACUGGAAUAUUGCGAACAAAGGCCCAGCGUUGUUAAGAUAUCUAGACGUUUCGAUCCCUGGUCAAUGAUUGCAAGUCGCUGGGAAACAACACAGAAGUUUUACCAGAGUCUAAUCGAGAUAUCAUCCGACUCUAUCCCCUUCCCGCAAAUGCGGUUGGUGCUGCCAGUUCCUCUACCAUGUGAUAUAUCAUUCAACAUCUUCUGGAAUGCGAAUAAUACGUUCAAAGUCCACCUGAAGCAGGAGUCCUCAUCUAUCACGGCAAGUCUCAUCAAGCACGCAGCCCGAGCAACCCAUGCCAUAUUAUCCUCCGUGUUUGCCCACAAAAUGCCUUCGGACUGUUUUGAUUUCUCUUGUUUAUUUCUGCCAGCGGUGAAACUAACUGAAGACGAAAUGAUGAAAUGGUACUCCUCUGUGCAAGGGAAGAUUCAAGCUAGCGAUGCAUCUCAUUACGAUAAUGAAAGCUUGAGCAAACUAGGACUUGUCCGGAGUUGUGGUAGGAUAGAACGGCCAUGGACCGCGGAGCGGUAUAGAUGGAUGAAACCAUUUUCUGAAGGCGCAAGUUCUGAUGACGUGGACGGCAGGUCGGGAGUUGAUGAAGAAGAAAUUCUCCAUAUUGAGGGCACAGCCUUGCCCAAACGUACUGACUUCUUGCAUCCCGUUGCUAAAAGCGCUGGCCCACAUCUACACUCCACAGCGAAGAAGUGCUUCCCAGCUCGCGACUGUUCGAUUGAUAAACUACCUUUAGAGUACACCAUGUUCGCCCUCCUUUCUCCGUCAAUCAUCCACAAGGUGGAAACAUACUUGAUCGCCGAAGAAUUGAAUAAGACGAUACUUUCUCCUGUAGGUUUUACGGAUUUGAAUCUUGUCAUUACUGCCCUAUGCGCCCCUGACGCGAGGGAGGCAACCAACUAUCAACGUAUCGAAUUUUUGGGCGAUAGUAUUCUUAAAUUUCACACAUCACUUCAGUUAUUAGCGGCAAAUCCAAUUUGGCAUGAGGGCCUUUUGUCAAAUGCCAAGGACGAGGUGGUAUCUAACAAACGACUCUCCUAUGCAGCCAUCGAAACGGGACUGGAUAAAUUUAUAUUUGUGGACAUUUUCACGGGUGUGAAGUGGCGGCCCCUGUAUAAUAAAGCCCAUGUCAAAGAACAAGAUAUCCCUCGGCGAGAGAUGUCCACAAAAACCCUCGCAGACGUAAUCGAAGCGUUGCUUGGGGCAGCCACCAUAGAUGGAGGCCAAAUAAAGGUUGAAAAAUGUCUAAAAAUUUUCCUUCCAGAAAUCCGUUGGAUACCCUUCGCAGACAGGCUCAAUGCUCUCUAUAAUUCUGUUCCUGAGGUCUACGAAAACCUGCCCACUUCGUGGUUUCGGGAUAUUGAAAGUUUGGUGGGAUAUACCUUCAACAAGAAAGUUUUCCUGGCCCAGGCCUUCACUCAUCCGUCCAAUCCAGGCUCGACAAUGUCGUAUCAACGGCUGGAGUUUUUGGGAGAUUCAAUACUCGAUCACAUAAUCGUUGACCACCUUUUCAAUUCACCCCGGAACUUCCCACACGUCGACAUGCAUCUGAUGCGCGCUUCCCUGGCAAACGCGGAUUUUCUCGCAUUUCUCUGCAUCGGAAUGACUACUGACGAGGAGCGCGGGGAGAUUGUAGAAGCCUCCAGAAAUGGAACAUUCACACGAAUGACUACCCGCAAAAUCUCCCUCUGGCAGUACAUGCGACACGGCACUUCAUGGGAACUUACAGUCUCCCAGCAACAAACAGUCAACCAAUACCAAGCGCUGAAAGCUGAUAUCACCAAAGCCCUAUACGAGGCAGACACGUACCCCUGGGCCCUCCUUUCGCGGCUUCGUGCGCAGAAGUUUUUCUCCGACCUCAUUGAGAGCGUGCUCGGAGCGAUUUUCAUUGACUCUCACGGCUCCCUCGAUGCCUGCACUGCAUUCUUAGAGCGUAUAGGGCUGAUGAACUUUCUCCGACGCAUACUGCAGGCUGAAAUCGAUAUUAUGCAUCCCAAGCAACGGCUGGGGGAAAUGGUCGGGCAGAUGCAAGUUCGGUAUGAGACGGUGCAUGUGGUUGAAGAGGAUGCGUUGGGACAUUGGACUUGCAAAGUUUUUGUAGAUGAUGAGUGCGUCUUCGAGGAGCAUGACGGGGUUAGUCUUGUAGAGGUUGAAACAAAGGCGGCGGAGGCGGCAUUAUCCGUUAUACAGAAUAGAGGAGCGGGUUGA